ACUGACGGACUGGUAUCCGCCGUGUGGGGCGGGGUCUCGGACGGAGGAAGCCGGCGCCGGCCGCGGGGUGGAGCCUUUUCAGAGGUUAUCGCGGGAACAGCGACCCCUUCUGGAUCGCCGCGGCGCAGUCGCAGGGCGCGCCGGAAGCUCGGCUAGCCGCACGGGAGGGAGAGUCACUUUAGCCCCGAGAAUGGAUUCUGGGGGUCGUACCGCUGCUGUAGGUUUGCGUUUAAGCUCCUGAAAACUAAAAGCAGAGACAACCCAAAUGCCCCUUUUUGUUUUAAGAAACAACUUGAAAAUUGUGGUAUAGAAUUACAUUAUCUGUGAAAUUAGAACCAACAGCUCCCUAUCAUCUUGUAGCACCCCGCGCCCCGCUUAUCCCGGACGCCUGGUGGCACUCGGCGAACGUUUGUUGUUAGAAUGGAAUUGAAUUUAUAUUCCCCACUGAGUCUGUUGUUCAUUCAGCAUUACUGAGAAUCUUCUUUGUACCAGGACUGAAUCAGGUGCUGAGAUACCAUGCUGAACAACGCUGUCCCUGGCCUCAAGGAGCUCUCAGUUCGGUUACCUGACAACCUUCGGGGACAUCUCCACCCCCACCUGAAGCUCUGUUAACUGUUUGCUGCUACAGGGACUUUCUAACUGUCUUAAGGCAGCAGGCACACCCUGGAUCACGGAAGCAACACUGGAUGCCUACUGGGUGCAAAGUGCGGUGACGGGACACGAAGUGCCAGGUGGAGGACGUAAAGAAGUGUAAAAUGGUCAUUCUAGGAGUGGAAUUACAAAGUAGAAAGAAGGAUAAAGCCUGAGCCCAUACCUUGGCAGUGCCUGGAAUUUGAAGCAAAUGCUGAUCGAAGCCCGGAGCAGAUGGAUGUUCCUCCUGAGGCCACUGUUGGUAAGCUUUUGCCUUUCUUGUGGAAGAGGAUUAAUUGUGGGGAAGGAGCUGUGCUUGACUUGCUUUGCAUGGCACCCUACCAGCCACAUGCCACACAUUCUAAUGACAUAAUCUGAGCUUCAUGGUUGUGCUUUGAAUAUUCAAGUUAAAAGGAAAUGCUCUAAAAUAUACAUUUUUGGAAAUAUAUUUACCUGUACGACGUGAUAAUUCCUCCAGAUUUUCGACCACAGACGAACCCAGGGCAAUGGAAUGAAUGGUUGAACCACUGCUGAGCACGCUUUCAGUGUAUGAGGAAAAGUUGUUGUGGAAGCCAUCUAUAAAUCCAUUUACCAAAUUUAUGGAGAAGCCUGAAGUUGAUGGAAGUCAUUCAGAAGAAACAUGUUCUCAUUUUUCAAGUACACCAGAGGAUGAACGUUUACCACAGGCUGCAAGUGAAAGUCAUCUCAGCUGUCUAAAGCAGGACAUCCUAAAUGAAAAGACUGACCUGGAAGCAACAUUUAAGGAAGCUGAGUUGGCAGCCUGUUCUGUAGAAUUAUUUUUGCCAUUAUUUAAGGAUACUGUUGAAGAGAUUAGUUUUGAAAAUGCUAAUCUUUUUGCAUCCAAUUUGAAGGAGAUUUCUAAACAGAAGGAAAUAUUAACAAAAGAAUUAGACACUUUUAAGCAUGUAAAACAAGCUUUGGAACAUCUCCUUAGAAAGACAGAAUACCAACAAGUAGGGGACAGUUUAUCCAGCAUGUUAGAGAAGCUAACUGAUAAUGAAAGUGAAAAUACUAAUCUUAAGAAGAAGGUACUUGAAAAGGAGACCUAUAUUCAAGAGCUUUCUUGUUUGUUUCAGAAUGAAAAGGCAAAUGCUUUGAAAGCAAACCGUUUUUCACAAUCAGUAAAAGUAGUACAUGAACGAUUACAGCUCCAAAUUCAUAAAAAGGAAGCAGAAAAUGAUAAAUUAAAAGAAUACAUAAAGAGCUUGGAAACCAAGAUAACUGAAUGGAACUUACAAUUGAGAAAGAAUAAACACGAAGCGGUAGCAAUGAAAGAAUCAAGUAAGCAAAAAACUAUAGCUCUAAAAAAGGCAUCUAAAAUUUACAGACAAAGGCUUAAACACUUUACUGGAGACAUAGAAAACCUUACCUCCCAAAUUAGAGAUCAGGAAGCCAAGCUGUCUGAAACAAUUUCAGCUUCCAAUGCCUGGAAAAGUCAUUAUGAGAAAAUUGUAAUAGAAAAAACUGAAUUGGAAGUUCAGAUUGAAACAAUGCAAAAGCAAGUUACAAAUCUUUUGGAAGACCUGAAGAAAGUGGAAGACCUUGGAAAAAAUUCAUGUGAAGAAAUUCUUAGAAAACUUCACUCAAUUGAAUAUGAAAAUGAAACUCUGAAUCUUGAGAAUACAAAAUUAAAGACUACACUUGAUGCUUUGAAGGAUGAGGUUGUUUCUGUUGAAAAUGAACUUUUAGAAUUGCAAGAAAUAGAAAAACAACAGAAAACCCUUACUGAAGUAUAUAAAACUCAGAUACAAAAGUUGCAAGAAGCAGCUGAAAUGGUGAAAAGCAGAUGUGAAAAUUUGCUACGUGAAAAUAACCUAAUUACAAAAAACAAAAAUAAAAAAUUAGAGAAGAUGAGAGGCCAGAUGGAGUCUCAUCUGCAGGAGUUAGAGCACGUGCGCGAUUCGUUGACGGCGGCGGAACGGAAGCUUCACGAGUGUCAGGAGAGGCUGCAGCACUGCAAGGGGAAAUGUGCGGACCAGGCGCACACUGUUAGGGAGCUUCAGGGCCAGGUUGAUGCAAACCAUAAUCUUCUGAGAAAGCUUUCUCUGGAAGAGGAAAAUUAUCUUAUUCAGUUGAAGUGUGAAAACCUGAAACAAAAAUUAGAACAGAUGGAUGCAGAAAAUAAAGAGCUUGAAAAGAAGCUGGCAAACCAAGAAGAAUGUCUUAAGCAUAGCAAUCUUAAGUUUAAAGAGAAAUCUGCAGAAUAUAUGGCGUUGGCCAGACAGCUGGAAGCUGCUUUAGAAGAAGGAAGACAAAAGGUUUCUGAAGAACUAGAGAAAAUGUCGUCUAGAGAGAGGGCUUUACAGAUUAAAAUAUUAGGUCUGGAAACUGAACUUAGAAAGAAAAAUGAAGAACAAAAUCAACUUGUUUGCAAAAUGAACAGCCAAGCACAACACCAGGAAGUAUGUUUGAAGGAAAUACAACAUAGUCUUGAAAAGUCAGAGAAUCAGAAUGAGAGUAUUAAGAAUUAUUUACAGUUUCUUAAAACUUCUUAUGUAACAAUGUUUGGAUAAAUGGUUGGAUUUAUUUUCUAUAAGCAAUAGGAUUUUACUCUAAGUCUGAAACAUGAUUAGGUACAAAAAUAAUAAUAAAUAUACUUUAAUUUAUGGGUGGUAGUAGUAGAGUUUUUAUGUAGUGUUCUUAAAUACAGUUUAUUAUCCAAUUGCAACUUUAAGAUACAGAUGUUAGUGUUCCUUUUUGCUGGAUAAUUUUCAUUUAGCUCUGGUUUAUACCUAUUUAAAUUAUAUUGAUUUUUAGAAUGGUUUUCACACAUACAAAAGAAGCCAGAAUCAUUUUUUGUGACUGUAGCCAUCAUUUAAGUGAAUUUGUAAUAAAUCUAGGCCAGUUAUGAGCCAAAUACAUGAUUUUGAAUAACAUAUAUAAUUGUUUUACUUUGUGGUGAGAUAGAUAUAUAUAUAAUCAAGAAAAAUAUUCUGGGUAUUAAUUGUUAAUAGUAUAAUUACAUACUUUCUAAAGAUACCAAAUGUCAAAUUAAUACUGUUUCAAGUAUGAUGCCAUUAUAAUUUCUGUGAGGCUCUUAAUAUAGAAUUUUAAAUCAUAGCUAUUAAAUGCCAACGGAUGGUGACAGAUGAAAAUAUGAUGGCAUUCAUUGUUUCUUUAUAAAGAAAGGGCAUUUGGGCUCUCCUGUGAAUUCGCAGUCUCUUUUCUAUUUCAUUUUUUUAUCAUUGAUUGUCUGAUAUUAUCACUGUAGGCAUUCUAAAGCCCCUGAGUUAACUAAAAGAUUAAAGGGGAACAACUUUUCCCAUCCCUUUUCAUAGCCAGCUCCCUUGGGAUGAUCAAAGUAAGCACUUUAAUACCGAGAAGUUGUAGGAUAAGGUCUUUAUCCUUGCAGUGACAUAGAAGAGAAACCAAAAACUUAUUCCCCCCAAUCUCCUACCCGAUGCGCCAAGGCAGAAUCCUCUAAAAGGGGAUUGAUGUUGUCAACAAGGAAUCAGGUAGUAGUAGCUCGGCUCAGACAAUGGCUUGAGAGCUCUUUAUUCAAAGGGCACUCAGGUCUCAAAAGAUCAUUCAGAGAAGCAAAUUGUGUCCUACACGUUUCAGCCUAUGAACAGAGCUACCUCCCCAAGAUGUUUCAUGCUCUUCUCUGACCAGAAAUGGGGUCCUGCUUUUCUCUGCCCCUCACUCCCAGGGCUGCUGUAGCAUCUGCAGGAGCUGCUUGUCAGUGACCCAACUGCUUACUAGUAUUUUUCUUAAAAUAGCGUAAUACGGUAAUUUCAGGAACUGGCCACAGUUUUGCCCAACAACUGCUAACAAUAUUAGUGUUGCCUUUUUUUUUUUAAUCAAUACUUUUACUAAAACACAUACUUGACCCUUGUGGUCCUGUCUUCACCUCCUAAGGCAAAGGGAGCUUUAAGAAAUACUCUGAUGAAAGGAAACUGAGGUUCUUGAGUAUUGCUCACUGGACUGAGCUCUUGAAGGGCAGAACUGUACCUU